AUGAACGUCAUCGUCAGUAUUACGAGGCCGAAGGCCACUGCCCGCUCAUCUGCAAGCACCUCUGUGGAGAUCUCCACAGUCAACUCCUCCAAGCGCACCGCUCGCGCUAAUCACAAACAUAUAGACGCUGGGGCUAGUCCGUCUGGCAAGGGUAAAGGAAAGGCGCUGUCUUCAGAGCACCUCACCUCCGUCGACCUGGACAUUGAUGCGGACGAGGCAGAACAGGAGCAAGCCAUUGCCAAGCAUCGGCAAGAGAUUUCGAGGCAUCCUCAGCAUGUGAUCAAUGAGAAGGCUCGGGAGAUGCAUGAGCGGAAACGGGCAAGGAUCGAGGUUGAAGCCAGAGGACCCACGCGAAUAGAGUUGUGUAUGCCAGAGCUUUGCGAAACGAUUGCAAUGUCGCCAACGUACGCUCCAGACAACAAGCUUACCCACGCUCCUCUCAACAAACCACCGUCCACUCGCCUCUUCGAUUUCAAAGAACUUCAAUAUCGAGAGCAGUUCGUCGUAUUGUGCCCUUGUGGGAGGCGAACGGACACCUCGCUCGUAGCACGAUAUCACGAAGACGGCAUCAAAGACGCUAUCCUUGAGUGCCGGGUCCACGUCGUAGUCUGCAUAAGCAGACCUGACUCUAAUGGUCUCGAUGUCGGUCAAUUGUUUCAGCUUCCAGGUGAGUCCUUAUGGGUCAAGGGGAUUGCAAUCUAUACGAAGGUCGAUGUCGGCAACUUGGUCGAAGGUGACAAGCCAGCCGAAGAGCUGGGACUCCACGGCAUAGUCCUCGUUAAGGCGGACAAUUGUGUGAGGUGGCAAGGGUGA